AUGCAACUCACCACUGCCCUGCUUGUGACCGCUGGCUUGUGCACCUCUGUGUAUGGCCAGGGCUACGCUGACGAGUGUAUCGACAUCUACCUCAAGGAGAGCUGGUUGGUGGGAACAUGUCCCACCAGCGACGGGACUGGGACCAUCACCAGCAGUGUCUUCCUCCCCAACAAGAUCACUAACACCGGCGGCACCCUCGGAUCCUGCGGUGAGUGUCAGCUUCUCGCCGGUGGAGGAUCUUUAGAUUGCCUCUGCGAGGGUCCUUACGGGACAAUCAACAAGAACACCACUUUGAACCUGGAGGAGCACAUUGCCAACUAUGAUGGACAUCUGCUCUCCAACCUGACGGGCAGCGUCACCUCCAUCCCCGCCAACUCGUCGUGGCCUGUUCCAUCGGACUUUGAUGUGCAACUGCAGACUGCGAGCUCCAACAACAACUGUACCACAAUCGGGGGGUAUAUUUCGCUGAACGAUCCGCAGGACUGCUACUAUCUCAAUGUGGGGGUGCAAUACUACUUUUAUGCUGCGCAGACGGUCAACAACCAGGGAUGGGAGAUUGCAGCAUACCAUGACAGUACAUGCAACGGUGAGCCUGCGGGGACGUUUACUCCAGACAACGAUGAUAUCUGCCUCACCUUUCCUGAUGGCGUCACGGGGUUUUCGGUGACUCCCCUGUGGAAUGCCGAUUGA